AAGAACGGUUAACUGGUAGAGUUGGGGCGGUUUCUGUUCUGUCGUCUUCUCCAGUACUAAGCAUACAGCAUCUUACGGUUAGCCCUAAAUUCAAGACUCAGAUUUUACCCUCUAAUUUCAAAAUUAGCUCCAUUUUUUAAAAUUUCUUAACCUCAGCAUUUUCUAGUCCAACAAUUAGUUUGUAGAAAACUAAUGCCAGAAUCUGAACCCGGGCUUCCACUUUUUUUUCGUGUGUUCGAUCGUUUCUUCUUGUUCUUUUGAGUUCUAAUUCUACACGAACCAGAAUUGAAGCGAAAUUGAAAACGAAGACAAUGAGUAUAGUGCCAAAGGAAGCAAUCGAGGUAAUUGCACAGAGCAUUGGAAUCACCAAUUUGUCCCCUGAUGUUGCCCUUGCUCUCGCUCCUGAUGUCGAAUACCGAGUUCGCGAGAUUAUGCAGAGUCUUCAAAAAAAAAUAUGGGGGGUUUUGGUUUUGAAGGAAGCUAUUAAAUGCAUGCGGCAUUCGAGAAGAACUACUUUGACAGCAGAAGAUGUUGAUAGUGCUCUUAGCUUAAGAAAUGUUGAGCCAGUAUAUGGGUUUGCUUCUGGAGAUCCAUUGCGGUUCAAGAAAGCAGCGGGACAUAAGGAUCUGUACUACAUUGAUGACAAGGAUGUCGAAUUUAAAGAUGUGAUUGAAGCUCCUUUACCAAAAGCACCUCUUGAUACGUCCCUCACAGUUCACUGGCUGGCAAUUGAAGGAGUCCAACCUGCAAUUCCGGAGAAUGCUCCUGUUGAAGCAGUUGCAGCAUCUUCUGACAGUAAAAAGUCUGAAUAUAAGGAAGAUGGCCUUCCGGUCGAUGUAAAAUUACCUGUCAGGCAUGUAUUAUCAAGGGAACUUCAGCUGUAUUUUGACAAAAUCACAGAGCUCAUCAUGAGGAAGUCAGAUUCCAUCAUCUUCAAACAAGCUUUGGUUAGCUUGGCAACAGACUCUGGCCUCCAUCCUUUACUUCCUUAUUUCACAUACUUGAUUUCUGAUGAGGUCUCACGAAAUUUGAAUAAUUUUUCUGUUCUGUUUGCCUUGAUGCGCGUUACUCGAAGCCUUCUUCAUAAUCCACAUAUACAUGUAGAACCUUAUCUACACCAAUUGAUGCCAUCUAUAAUUACCUGCCUAGUUGCUAAAAGGUUGGGGAACAGAUUUUCUGACAAUCAUUGGGAGCUUAGGAACUUCACUGCAGACCUGGUUGCUUCAAUAUGCAAAAGGUUUGGCCAUGUUUACCACAAUUUACAGCUACGUGUCACAAGGACUCUACUUCAUGCAUUCUUGGACCCAACGAAAUCAUUGACUCAACAUUAUGGUGCAGUUCAAGGAUUAGCAGCUUUGGGACCACAUGUGGUUCGUCUUCUAAUACUGCCAAAUCUAGAACCGUAUUUGCUACUUCUUGAACCAGAAAUGCUUCUUGAGAAGCAAAAGAAUGAGAUAAAGAGGCUUGAAGCUUGGCGUGUUUAUGGGGCCUUGAUGCGUGCUGCUGGCCUAUGUAUGUAUGAUCGGCUUAAAACAUUACCUGGUUUACUAAGGCCUUCAACACGUUCUGUCUGGAAGAGCAAUGGAAGAGUUAUGACUACAAUGCCAAAUAAACGAAAAGCAAACACAGACAACUUGAUGCAGCAACCACCACUCAAGAAACUAGCAACAGAUGGUGCAAUCGGUGUAAUGAACUCCAUGCAAGUCGACAUGCAAGGGGCAACAAGUGGAUACGCCACAGCUGUUGGAGCUUCUAGCACUACUGCGUCGUUAAUGUCUCAACAGUUGCCUAAUGAAAACAUGUCAGGAAGGGAUGUUGGAGGUCGGGCAUUGAAGACAUCAACAGUGCUUGCUCAGGCUUGGAAGGACAUGGAUGCAGGACAUUUAUUGUCGUUGCCAUAUGAACUUUUUGGUGAAAGUAUGUUCUGCUUUACCCCCAAAACCGAGUUGUCCCUUUUUUUGUAAAUGAAUCAGAGAUACAAAUAAUUGUAUUCAGUUUGUAAAGUAUCUGUUACAUUCAUAGAUAUCAUAUACCGCUAACAAAUGCAAUAAUGUAGAAGAAAAUUGAGUAACUUUUUCUUUGUACAA